AUGGCCCUCGCCCUCACUCUCAAACCAGUAGAUGUUCCAUCUUUCUGCACAACCCAAGUCUACCUCCUAGCCCAAGAACUUCAAUCUGAGCUGUCUGAAACUUCCACCCUUAUAACAGGAACCUCACCUACUUCUUUACAGCGCGCUGGACUUGCUGUCACAAAUCUUGUUCUGAUAUCCCAAAGAACGGGUUUGGGAGGAAAAACUGUCGUUGAGCUGGGCCCUGACCCGGCGACUUCUGGUUCCGGUUCUGGCUCCGGGGGAAAGAGUAAAGGUGGGAGUGGGGGAUCAGGAGACGGUGAAUUGCAGGAGCAUGGGAUACGAGUUGGUGAUAUUGUGGCGGUUGGUGAGCAACCUAGUGGAAGUGCGAAGAAGAGAGAGGUUAAGGAGUUAGAGGAGAAGGGUAGUAGAGGUGUGGUUACGAAGGUGGGGAGGAGUGCAGUAUGGGUCGCGCUGGAUGAGAAUGGGAAGGGGGAGGAGAAUGUUGGUGGGAUGAAAAGGUGUUGGGUGGUUAAACUGGCAAAUGAUGUUACGUACAAGAGGAUGAAUGGUACGAUGGGGAAGUUGGGAAAGAUGCAAGAAGCAGAAUAUUCGAACUUUGUAAGAGUCUUGUUUGGGUUGUCGCCACCUUCGCCAGUGCCAGAGAAUUUGGGAAAUGAGGAAAUGGAGUGGGUGGAUCCUAGUUUGAAUGAUAGCCAAAAGCAUGCUAUUAAGUUUGCGCUGGCUUCAAGAGAGAUGGCUUUGAUUCAUGGGCCACCUGGAACUGGGAAAACUCAUACCUUGAUUGAGCUGAUUUUGCAGAUGCUCAAACGAAAUCUCAGAGUAUUGGUGUGUGGGCCAUCCAACAUAUCUGUGGAUAAUAUUGUCGAGCGGCUUGCACCACAUAGGGUGCCUAUUGUACGAUUAGGCCAUCCGGCGAGACUUCUACCAUCAGUUGUCAAUCAUUCCCUCGAUUUCCUUACACAAUCCUCAGAAGCGGCUGCAAUUGUACAAGAUGUGCGAAAGGAAAUGGAUUCAAAACAAGCCUCUAUUAAAAAGACCAAAAGUGGCAGAGAACGAAAAGCCAUAUAUGGAGAUCUCAAGGAACUUCGUAAGGAGUUUCGAGAAAGGGAAAGGAAAUGCGUCAAUACUUUAGUAGGCGGCUCUAAAGUUGUACUUGCAACCUUACAUGGGGCUGGAGGUUUUCAAUUGAGAGAUGAGAAAUUUGAUGUUGUGAUCAUCGAUGAAGUUAGCCAGGCUUUAGAAGCUCAAUGUUGGGUACCCCUGUUGUCAGCUAGCAAAGUUGUUCUGGCUGGAGAUCAUCUCCAAUUACCCCCAACAAUUAAAUCACUGAAUUCGAAGGCAAAGGCAAAGUCGAAAGACACAGAAGUAGAGGGCAUCAUUAGAGGAAUGACUCUAGAGACAACUUUGUUUGACAGACUACUCAAGCUACAUGGAACCGGCAUCAAAGUCAUGCUUAACACACAAUAUCGAAUGCACGAUAAGAUCAUGAGAUUUCCUUCGGAUGAGUUAUACGAAUCAAAACUCGUCGCAGCCGAAGCAGUCAAGACAAGACUUCUGACUGAACUCCCAUACGAUGUCGAGGAAACAGAUGAUACUAUCGAACCCUUGAUAUUUUUCGAUACACAAGGGGGCGAUUUCCCCGAGAAGAGUGAGGAGGAAAGUGUCGACAAGAAAGCCGGAAAGGGGAUGUUGGGUGAGAGUAAAAGUAACGAAAUGGAAGCGGCUCUCGUGAGAAGACAUGUCCAAAAUCUAGUGGAUGCUGGGUUGAAGCCAGAAGAUAUUGCGGUUGUGACGCCGUACAAUGCUCAGCUAGCUUUGAUGUCUCGAUCGAUGAAGGAGGCUUUCCCUGGCAUUGAGCUGGGUAGUGUCGAUGGAUUCCAAGGAAGAGAAAAAGAAGCCAUUAUUGUCUCUCUCGUCCGGAGUAAUAGCGAACACGAAGUCGGAUUUUUAGGAGAGAAACGCAGAUUGAACGUUGCUAUGACCCGACCACGACGCUCGUUAACAAUCAUUGGUGAUUCGGAAACUGUCUCGAGGUGA